GUUAUGCAAGCGGCGAGCGCCGCGGUGCGCGUGCGCGUGCGCCGGCCGCGAGUUAGUGCGCACCAUGGCUGCGGCGCGCGCGCUCUCUCUGCUGGCGCUCUGCCACCUCGCCUGCGCCGGCGCCGGCGCUGCUCCUCACAUCAUCUUCGACUUAAGCGAUGAGCAGUACUACGAGAUGCCGCGGCUGUUCGCGCUGGACGAGUGGCCGGGCUGCGUGGCGGCGCGCGGCGCCUACUGCGUCGGCAGCUUCGAGCUGGCGCCGGCGCAGCUGCCGCACCCGCUCUACGACCUCAUGCAGGCUUACUCCGCGAACACGGUGGACAACUACAACCACACGCGGCUGCACCGCGGACUGUGCCUGCCCCGCAGCUGCGCCGCGCAUGCGCCGCCGCGCCCGCACGACCUGCACGAGGACCAGCUGCGGGACUGGUUUUCAUCGUGUGUGAACGCGAGCACGUUGUCUGGCUACAACCUGUCAGCGCAGCUCCUGCGGCUGGAGUACUGCACCCGGGGCGAGGCUCCCCCGCCGGACCUGACCCCCGCCGAGCGAGCCUUCGCAGGCUUCCUCGCCGCGCUACUGGCGCUCGCCGUCAUCAGCACUGCGCUGGACCUCACGCUCAGCGACCACGCCAGGAAAGGGUUGGAGUGGGCGCUGGUGUGGUCGGUGCCGGCGUGCUGGCGCGCGCUGUCGGCGCCGCCGCCCCGCGCCGCGCGCACCGACCUCGCCUGCUUCGACGGGCUGCGCGUGCUCACCAUGCUCGUCGUCAUCAUCGAGCACGUCUGCUGGAUCACCACGCAGACGUACCUCGCCGACACCAAGAUAUACGAACAGAUCCGCGGCUCCAUCGACGUGAUCCUGAUGACGAACAGUACGCUGGUGGUGCAGAUCUUCUUCAUCAUGUCCUCGUUUCUGCUGGCACACAAGCUACUGCAGCAGCGCCGGCGCGGGGAGCACGUGCCGCCCUUUUCCACCUUCAUGGACACCAUGUUCAACAGGAUCAUCAGGGUGAGUCCGUCGUACUGGGUAGUUGUGUGGUUCGCCGCGUCGUGGUGGCAGCGCACGGGGCGCGGGCCGCUGUGGGCGCCCAUGGUGGCCAGCGAGGCCGCCGUCUGUCGCCGCAAGUGGUGGACACAUCUGCUCUAUCUGAACAACAUCUUGUAUGCAGACGACAAGUGUCUGAUACAAACCUGGUACCUGGCAGCAGACAUGCAGCUGUACGCGGUGUGCCUGGCGCUGACGCUGGCGCUGUGGCGGUGGCGGCGCGCGGCGGUGGCGGUACUGACCGCGCUGCUGGUCGGCUCGGUGGCCCUGCUGUUCGGCCUGGCCUACUACUGGAACCUCGUGCCUACCUACGUCAUGCAUCGCCCUGAGUCGGUGUGGCUGGCGUACCGCGAGGAGCCGUCGUUCAACGUGCUGUACCAGUCGCCGCUGGGCAACGUGCCGGGCGCGCUGGCCGGCCUCCUGCUGGCGCACCUGCACCACGCGCUGCUCGACCUGGACGUGCAGCUGCCGCGGUACAAGAUAUUCGGUUGGCUGUCCGUGGCGGCGGUGCCGGUGGCCGCGUGGUGGGUGGCGGUGUCCCCGCUGGCGCUGGGCCGCGGCCCGCCCGCCCGCCUGCCCGCCGCCGCGCUCGCAGCGCUCGAGAGACCUGUGUUCUCCUUCUUCGUGGCCAUGGCACUGCUCGGUGCCAUGAAUGGAAUCCCAUCUGCGGUGAAGCGCUGCCUGUCCUGGCCGGGCUGGGCGGCGUGGGCGCGGCUGUCGUUCGGCGCGCUGCUGCUGCACAUGCCCAUCAACAAGUCGCUGGUGGCGGCGCGCCUCAUGCCCUCCAUGCUGGACCGACAGGCUGCGAUAUCCGAGUGGUUCGGCGUGGCGGCCGUGUCGUACAUGGCGGCGCUGCCGCUGGCGCUGCUGGUGGAGCUGCCGGCGCAGCGCCUGGUGCGCGCACUGCGCCCGGAGCGCGCGGCCCGCGCCCCCAGCGCGCCCCCGGCCCGCGCCCCCGCGGACAAGUCAGACCUGUGAGCUCGGUGCCCUACCGGCGGUGCUCGCUGCACCGCUCCGUAGUGCAUCCGUAGCGUGGGUACUGAGUACCUGCCACUCUGUUAAUGACCAACUUCAGUUUGGGUGGUUUAUUGUUAAGGCUGGACCUAGUCGGGUAUUUGUUACGAAAAGAGUUGCAUUCAACUUUUAUCCUACCAACUACCCGGACGUAAGUGUAAAUAGGCAUAAAUGUUCCAUUAUUUAUCUUGCACACAAGUAAAUAAACAAAUAUGUGCUAUGUAGAAUGCCGAGUUAAUAUUUAAACGUUAAAUAGAGUGGAUUGUCACUAAAUAAGUGAACGAACAUCUCUGUAAUAUUUAGUGUAAACUAAAUAUUCACAUUGACAGUUUUCAUGGGAUCAUAAUAUCAUCAUACAACAUAGUAGCUCCUUCCAUGCGGAGGCCCGUGGUAACUAUAGGGGCUUGGCUUCUAUUAUUUAUAAACCACUGCAGCGUUGCUGUAAAUAAUGUAAGCUAAUACAAGUAUUUAAUAAUGAAAUGGGCGCAGACGACCCACUUCCUAACUGCUGUAAAAGGCGAAUAAAUUAUGGUAUGGCUUUAUCUAGAGGGACUUAUUGUGAUAAUAGAGUGUAGUGUAAUGUCGUAGAGGGCGCCGCCCCCGCCCGUGGUGACAGACCUAGCUAAGCGUGUGGUAGUUAUGUUAAGAUGUAGUCUGUACGUGUAUAGCUCUCGAUGCACGAAGGAAUUGAUCUGAAAGAUGGUCAUUGUCAAACUGACUUAUAUUGUCUUCAGAUUCAUCUUGUAAUGGUGUAAGUAAAUAAAUCUGUACAGUAUG